GAUCAUGUGAACGCGUUUUCAAGCCUGAGAAUGGAAAAUUUUGUGGCCUUUACACUUGAUAUGGGUUGAAUAAGUUAUUUACUGAUUGAUAAAAAGCAGAAAUUAAAGAACUUGGUUAAAUAAAUGGCUUUGAGGACUAUGAAUUACUCCUUGUGCUGUGCUGUGGUUUAUUUGAUCUUUAUUAUGGUGGUAGUUAGAUUGGAUGUGCUCACAAAAAGGAGAAGCAUUUGACAAAACCUGAAGUAGGUCAUUUUAGAGCACAAGGUGUGCCCAUGAAGCGAAAGUUGAAGGAGUUUCCUGUCACCGAAGAUGCACUUCUUCCUGUUGGAACAAGCAUCAGUGUCCGCCAUUUUGUUCCAGGCCAGUAUGUGGAUGUCGCUGGAAUUACAAGAGGGAAAGGUUUUCAGGGCGGGAUGAAAAGAUGGGGGUUUAAAGGUAUGCCUGCAUCACAUGGUGCUUCAUUAUCCCAUAGAAGUAUUGGUUCUACAGGGCAAAGAGAUGCUCCAGGAAAGGUAUUUAAAGGGAAAAAGAUGCCUGGGCGCAUGGGUGGAGUGCAACGAACUGUUAAAAAUGUUUGGGUCUACAAGAUUGAUCCUACCAGAAACUUGAUGUGGGACAAAGGCCAGGUUCCAGGAGCCGAAGGUAACUUUGUGUUCAUCAAAGAUUCUGUGUACAAGAAACCAGAUAUAUUAACGCUUCCAUUUCCCAUAUUAACGCUUCCAUUUCCCACUUACUUUGCCCAAGAAGAUGAAGAUGUAGCAGAUUUGGAACCAUUAAUGGCUGAUCUGGGUGAUACAGACCCUUUUAUAGGCUGCCGAUUAGUUGUAGGCGACCUGGAGCUAUGGUAUUUUCUUGGAAAGCAGUGCGGUGGCUUCGCUUGGGCUGGGGUGUGUUGAGAAGGAAUUCACUUGUAAUUAUGUUUUGGCAUUUAUGGCUGAUGUCAUGUUUUAGUGCUAGUAAUUUUGAAAUGUACUAGAAACUUUAGCUACUUAAUUGAAUAGAAAUAGAAUGAGAUGUUGUUAGACAUGCCUCGUUGAGGAGAGGUGUGUUUACACAAUCUUCUUAUGUAGUAUCGAUAUGACAAGAGCUAAUAAAAGAAAUGUGACAGGAGAAUAUUAAGCAUAGUUUUCUAUAUUAUUAAAAGUUUGUGUAUAUUUGUCCCAGAGGAAGUGUAUUUGAGAAGGUGCACUGCUUGGAAAUAUAUAAUAAAGUUUGAUAUGGAAAAGGUUAUGUGACA